GCGCCGGCGGCAGCCGGCGCUGCGGCCAUCGUGCGCGGGGAGGCAGGGGCUGCGGCCUGCUGUCCGCCUGGCGCCGCGGCGGCCGUCUCCUAUGGAGGACGAGGACUGCCCUGACCUGAUCCCGAUAGACCCCGGCGGCGCGGGGGGAGCCCAGGCCGGCGCCGACGCGAAGAUCCCGGUCACCAUCAUCACGGGCUACCUGGGUGCUGGGAAAACAACUCUUCUAAAUUACAUAUUGACAGAGCAACAUAGUAAAAGAAUAGCAGUUAUAUUAAAUGAGUUUGGAGAAGGAAGUGCAUUGGAGAAAUCGCUGGCAAUCAGUCAAGGGGGAGAACUCUAUGAAGAGUGGCUGGAGCUCAGAAAUGGUUGCCUGUGCUGUUCAGUAAAGGACAAUGGUGUGAAGGCUAUUGAGAAUCUGAUGCAAAAGAAAGGAAAAUUUGACUAUAUAUUAUUAGAAACAACUGGUCUGGCAGAUCCAGGAGCUGUGGCUUCCAUGUUCUGGGUGGAUUCUGAGCUAGGAAGUGACAUAUAUCUUGAUGGCAUUGUAUCUGUGGUUGAUGCAAAGUAUGGAUUGCAGCAUUUAACAGAGGAGAAGCCAGAAGGCCUCAUCAAUGAAGCAUCUAGGCAAGUUGCAUUAGCUGAUCUUAUAAUCAUCAAUAAAACAGAUUUGGUUUCAGGGGAAGAGCUGAAUAAAAUCAAAGCAUCUGUCAGAUCAAUAAAUGGACUUGUCAAAAUUAUAGAAACACAAAGAUCAAGAGUUGAUCUCUCCAGUGUAUUGGACCUCCAUGCUUUUGACAGCUUAUCUGGAUUAAGUUUGAAGAAAAAGCUUCAGCAUGUAAAGACAACACACCCACAUCUAGAUAAGGGUAUAAUUACAGUAACAUUUGAAGUUCCAGGAAACAUAAUAGAAGAAAAUCUAAAUCUCUUCAUUCAGAAUCUUCUGUGGGAGAAGAAUGUGAAAGAUAAGACUGGAUGCACCAUGGAUGUCAUAAGACUGAAAGGACUGGUAUCUAUUCAAGGCAAAUCUCAUCAGGUGAUAGUUCAGGGUGUCCACGAACUCUAUGAUUUGGAAGAGACUUCAGUAGGCUGGAAGAAAGAUGAAAAGAGAACAAAUAGACUGGUUCUAAUAGGCAGAAAUUUGGAUAAAGAGAUCCUCAAAGAAGAAUUUAUAGCCACUGUAACAGGGAAACAGGGAAACAGUUGACAUCAUGCUCCAAAGAAGAUGGACAGUCUUAACACUGCAAGUUUUUUAUGAUAAAAAAGACUGAAUGACAUGCAGUACAGUAGCUUUUUUCUGCUCAUGCAGUUUACACAACAGUUUUAAGUCUUGUUACAAAUUCCAACUCACCUGCUGUUUGAAGAGCAGCUCUUACAGUCUAGAAUCAAACACAGUAAAUCCUAGCAGUUUGGAUUUGGCUUAAGUUAUGUCAAAACUUUAUUUAGCUUUUCAGAAAAACUGCUAAGUAAAUUACUUUUGUUUAUAUUGUAUGUGAAAAGAGGCCACAAAGUAUUGUAGAAGAAAUAUUUGGUAAACAUGUUUCAAACCUAGUACUUUCUCCUCCUAACACUUUUUUUUACUACUGGAAAUCAAAUUCUAUUGAUUACUACAAGUAAUGUAAUCAUAGUAAAAUGUAUUUAAUGCUUGCUAUUAAACUCUCUUAAAAUCUCUUCACAUUUGCUUUGUGAUUUGUGAAUGUGUAUGUCCAUCCCAGGUAAACGUAUUGUAUUAAUAGGUAUUGUAUAUUGUAUUAAUAGGUAAACCUAUUGUAUUAAUUAAACUAAAAAUACAUAGACAGCAGAGCCACAAGACCAGUUGGAAUAUAUUACUAUCUGCAUAAUUACUACAAAUUCAGCAUCCAGUCACGUAGUCACAGUGUUGAAAGUCACUGACCUCUCAGAUCUUCUGGGCCUUGACCCUGCUAGUUCAAGAUGGUGGGGAGGGCAGCACAUUUUUCACUGUGUUGUCUAGACUGUCCAGUGUGAAUUGUCAUGCAAUUCUUUGAUGCUGUGUUCGGUUGCUGUCUGGUAAACUUAGUUUGAACUUAGUUAAACUUAGUUUGAAGCUUUUAUCUCUGUGCUCCCCAGUUUUACAGGUUUGGCUUGAACUUCUUGCCUUGUACCCUGUCCAGCAGUCAUCUUGCACUUGUUGGUAUUGAGGGAUUACUUGACUACAACUGAGUGAAUGUUUAGAGAGUAAAUGCAUGAAGGUCAGAUGGAAUGAAAAAUGUUUCAAAAAAAAAAUUUUUUUGGACAUGCAGCAGAUAAUCUGAAGAAUGGAGUUUUUGCUACAGUGCUUAGUGAAUGACUGCUGGUAUGUCUGAAUAAAUAGGAGUUUGUUUUCA